UUCAGUAGCGAGAGGGGCUGAGAAAGUGGUGACACCGCCGGGGUGCGGAGGGAGUCCCUGAAACUUCUCCCAACAGCCCCAGGGCCAAUCUCCCCUCAGCCCACUCCCCUCUUCGCCAGCUCCCAGGUCCCCACUCCCUGCACCGGGGGUGGGGUGGGGAGCCAGGCCCGUCUCCCGCUGGGACACACACAGGGGCCGGGAGUGGGGACGGGACCCCCGAGGAGGGGGGGACGGACCGACAGACAGACGGCCGGGCGCCCGCCCCAGCGGGCAGGCAGGCAGAAGGAGGCGGAGGCGGGGGUACGACGGGGAGGACUGGGUCUGGGGAGUUUCCUCUCAACUAUCGGGGGAGAAACUCCCCGCAGCCGGAGGAAAGACCCAGACGGUGUUUUCCUCCCGGGGGCCGCGCUCCCCCGCCCCGCGUAGCGGCGGUCACCGCCGCCGCCGCCACCGGCGCCUCCACCUCUACCAUCUCCUCUUUCUCCACCACCUCGGGCCCCGGUGUCCCCGGCCAGCACUAUGCCCAUCUUACUGUUCCUGAUAGACACGUCUGCCUCUAUGAACCAGCGCAGCCAUCUGGGCACCACCUACCUGGACACGGCCAAAGGCGCGGUAGAGACCUUCAUGAAGCUCCGUGCCCGGGACCCUGCCAGCAGAGGAGACAGGUAUAUGCUGGUCACUUUCGAAGAGCCGCCCUAUGCUAUCAAGGCCGGGUGGAAAGAAAACCAUGCAACGUUUAUGAAUGAACUGAAAAACCUUCAGGCUGAAGGACUUACGACUCUUGGCCAAUCCUUAAGGACAGCUUUUGAUUUAUUAAAUUUAAAUAGAUUAGUAACUGGCAUAGACAACUAUGGGCAGGGACGAAACCCUUUUUUCUUGGAGCCAGCAAUAAUUAUUACAAUUACUGAUGGGAGCAAGCUGACUACUACCAGUGGAGUCCAGGAUGAGCUCCAUUUACCUCUUAAUUCUCCUUUGCCUGGAAGUGAAUUGACCAAGGAACCUUUUCGUUGGGAUCAGAGACUCUUUGCACUAGUGUUGCGGUUGCCUGGCACCAUGUCAGUAGAAUCAGAACAGUUGACAGGUGUGCCUUUAGAUGACUCUGCGAUCACACCAAUGUGUGAAGUGACAGGCGGCCGCUCAUACUCUGUAUGUUCUCCAAGAAUGCUUAAUCAGUGUCUGGAGUCCUUGGUGCAGAAAGUGCAAAGUGGGGUGGUAAUAAACUUUGAAAAAGCAGGACCAGAUCCUUCACCUGUAGAAGAUGGGCAGCCAGAUAUAUCAAGACCCUUUGGGUCACAGCCUUGGCAUAGCUGUCACAAACUCAUAUAUGUCAGACCAAAUCCUAAAACUGGGGUUCCUAUAGGUCAUUGGCCUGUUCCAGAGUCUUUUUGGCCAGAUCAGAAUUCUCCAACACUACCACCUCGUACGUCUCAUCCUGUAGUGAAGUUUUCCUGUACGGACUGUGAACCGAUGGUUAUUGACAAAUUGCCAUUUGACAAAUAUGAGUUGGAACCUUCACCAUUGACUCAGUUUAUCCUGGAAAGGAAAUCUCCUCAAACAUGUUGGCAGGUCUAUGUGAGCAAUAGUGCAAAAUAUAGUGAACUUGGUCAUCCCUUUGGUUACUUGAAAGCCAGUACAGCACUGAACUGUGUCAACUUAUUUGUGAUGCCUUACAAUUACCCAGUCCUUCUUCCCCUUUUAGAUGACUUGUUUAAAGUACAUAAAGCAAAACCAACAUUGAAAUGGAGACAGUCAUUUGAAAGUUAUUUGAAGACAAUGCCUCCCUACUAUCUUGGGCCUUUGAAGAAAGCUGUUAGAAUGAUGGGAGCACCUAACCUAAUAGCAGACAGUAUGGAAUAUGGACUUAGUUACAGUGUCAUUUCAUACCUCAAAAAAUUGAGUCAACAGGCUAAAAUAGAAUCUGAUCGAGUCAUCGGAUCUGUAGGCAAAAAAGUAGUCCAGGAAACUGGAAUUAAAGUCCGAAGCCGAUCACAUGGUUUAUCAAUGGCUUAUAGGAAAGAUUUUCAACAAUUGCUCCAGGGAAUUUCAGAGGAUGUUCCUCACAGACUGCUAGACCUUAAUAUGAAAGAAUACACUGGGUUCCAAGUUGCUUUGCUCAAUAAGGAUUUGAAGCCACAAACAUUUAGAAAUGCAUAUGACAUACCAAGGCGGAAUCUUUUGGAUCACUUAACACGAAUGAGAUCUAAUCUUUUGAAGAGCACCCGCAGAUUUCUUAAAGGACAGGAUGAAGAUCAAGUGCACAGUGUUCCUAUAGCACAAAUGGGGAAUUACCAGGAAUACCUCAAGCAAGUACCUUCUCCACUAAGAGAACUUGAUCCUGAUCAGCCUCGAAGGUUGCAUACAUUUGGCAACCCUUUUAAGUUAGAUAAAAAGGGUAUGAUGAUAGAUGAAGCAGAUGAAUUUGUGGCUGGACCUCAAAAUAAACAUAAACGACCUGGAGAACCAAAUAUGCAAGGGAUCCCUAAAAGACGUCGCUGUAUGUCUCCACUACUAAGAGGCAGACAACAGAAUCCAGUUGUGAACAAUCAUAUUGGAGGAAAAGGACCACCUGUACCUAUGACUCAAGCACAGCCAGAUCUUAUUAAACCCCUUCCUCUUCAUAAAAUUUCAGAAGCCACUAAUGACUCGACAAUAGAUGAUGUGGUUGAAAAUCACGUUGCAGACCAACUUUCAUCAGAUAUUACACCAAAUGCUAUGGAUACUGAAUUUUCACCUUCUUCCCCAGCCAAUCUACUGGAACGACCAACCAAUCAUACAGAGGCUCUUGGUCAUGACCAUUUAGGAACUAAUGACCUCACUGUUGGUGGAUUUUUAGAAAAUCAUGAGGAACCAAGAGAUAAAGAACAGUGUCCUGAAGAGAAUAUACCAGCAUCUUCACUCAACAAAGGAAAGAAAUUGAUGCAUUGCAGAAGCCAUGAAGAGGUCAACACUGAACUAAAAGCACAAAUAAUGAAAGAAAUCCGAAAGCCAGGAAGAAAAUAUGAAAGAAUCUUCACAUUACUGAAGCAUGUGCAAGGCAGUUUACAAACAAGACUAAUAUUUUUACAAAAUGUCAUUAAAGAAGCAUCAAGGUUUAAAAAACGAAUGCUAAUAGAACAACUGGAGAACUUCUUGGAUGAAAUUCAUCGAAGAGCCAAUCAGAUCAACCAUAUUAAUAGCAAUUAAAAGAAAACAGAAUGUGGCCACUUAUUUCACUAUCUUCUCCAAAUACAAAGUAAAUACAA